UCUAAAUUGCCUUGGGCGGUGAAUGGUGACAAAAGUGACUGUUUUAGAAGGAAGUGGCCGAGUUGGGGACAUUACGAAAAUAAAGUGAGGUCUGUAAUCGACAUUAUUUGCCAACAGGUAUGGGCAUGAACCAAGGCUGGGGCGGACAUUUUCUAAAGUAAAGAACUUGGAGAAAGACACCAAGGUUCAGAAAUCUCUACAGGGAAUCAUUGUCUACUUGUCUACAGGGUGGCAUGGAGACCGAAAUAGAGGAGAUGGGGCCUGAAAUGGCUUUGGAAAAGGACCCCUUCCAAUUGACUGUGGAGGAUGUGUAUGACAUCUCCCACAUAGUAGGCCAGGACCUUAUGAAAAUCAGCAGAGAAACACGGGGGGUAUCAAAUACAGUGUCUGAGCUGCAGUUUAAGAUUGUCCGUGUUCUAGAGAUGCUGGAAACCCUGGUAAACCAGUCCAGUUUGGUGACUGAAGAACUGAGAAUGGAAAGGGACAACCUGAAAGCUGAAGUGGAGAAACUCGUUCAAGAUGGACCCCAGAUGGGUGUUGGAAAAGACAAAAUGGUUAUAGAUCUGACGGAUCCAAACCGGCCUCGUUUUACACUUCAGGAGUUGAGAGAUGUUUUACAGGAACGAAACAAACUGAAGGUUCAGCUUCUGGUUGCCCAAGAUGAGCUACAUUGCUAUAAAAAUGGUAUGGUUCCCCCAAAUGAGGACCACAUUGUAACAUUAGAAAAUGAAUCCAUAAUCACCAGCUCUCCAAGAACAGAGGAAACCAGCAAAGAAAAGUCAACAAAGAAAAGAUUGUUUUCCUUUAAACAGGAGAAGCAUACGUAGUGAAGAAUGCUGCCUUUAUUUUUAUGGAUACAAUUUUUAUUGUCAUAUUUUUUUUAGCUGUGCUUAAGGAAGUUAUGAACAUUUUCUUUACUUUGUGAUCCUAAACAGAGUUUAUUAUGCGCAACCUGCUUUCUUCUACCUUGCACUGAUUUUUCUAAAAAGGGAUUUUUAUAUUUUGUCAUUUUGAAAUGAAGGAUAUGGGCAUGUAUUGCCUGUCUAUAAGACAUAGGUUAUAUUCUCAUGUACAUUUGCUGCUCAUCUAGUGUAUUAAUAACCUAUUUUAGUCAGCAGUAGAAUGUUUAUGAGACCAAAUCUUUCCAUACCUUUGCACAUCUGAGCAAAGCAUAUCUGCACAUUUAUAGAGUUUGUGUAUUUUUUCUAAAUAAAGCUGGGCUUAUGUCUUUGCUAAUACUUUACUAAUCACAUAAAACCCAAUCAUCGCCUUUUGGAUGACCAACCUUACCAUCUUAAAGAUGACUUCUCUUGUCGCUCUCCUCAUUCAUAGUGAAUGUCCAUCACAGGAUGGAAGAUGAGGGUAGGGACCCUGCUAUGUAUAGUAAUGUCUUUAUAUUAUUUCUGAUUAUCUUGACUUACCCUGCUUAUACUUAACAGGUGCAUUUAGUACAAAGCAGUGCAAAUACUGAAUGGGACAAAAGGACAUAAAUAAAUUAAUAUGCUACAUAGAUUGUAUUAAGAUAAAACAGAAUUGAAAGUCUUGCUUCAAACUUUGCAGAGGUGUAUUAAUGGACAUCUAACGUUUAGUGAGAAAGUGUUAUGAGUGUUCAAAACUGCUGCCUGACGAAGCACAGCUGGUGAUUCAACUUCUUUCAUUACCCAGAAGGCUGAGUCUUUCAGGAUUUAGAACACCUUUUAACUUGCAUGUCUUAUCAAUGUACUAUACUUUUCAAGUCAAAAUCAUAGAUUUUGCGUAGGAUUAGUGUCAUCGUGGGUUAACAGUCCAUUUGUUUUUCACUGCAUAGGAUUUACAAAAUAGCAUAGACCUCUUACAACUUCUAACGUUUAAUGGUUAAACAUUCAUGGUCGUGUAAAAAUGUAAAUACCACCUUAAUCUUAUGAAAUAUAUAUACACAUAUAUAAUAUAGCAUAGCUGUUACUAUGUUUGUAACCAGCUUUCCCAAAAUGUUUAUCAAGCCUCUGGUGUCCUGAUCUUCUGAGAUGAGACACUAUACCAUCUGGCAUUUAUCAAAAUGUAUUAGCCAUAACUCUAAUGAAGUUAUAAAACCUGCUAUGUCAGAACUUGCUCUUUCUUCUCUGAAGUGGCCAUGAAAAGUAUAUCAUCCAGAGUUAAAAAAAAAAAAUUAUAGCAUCUUCGUAAUUUCUGUAAUUCGUGACAUUCAGAGGUACUGCACAUGACUGUUUGCCACUGAAAUAUGAAAGUAGCAACCCUGAGACGUGUAUAAACCAGAAACACCUUCACAAGGAUUCAUUUCAUAAGUGAUUCUGUGUAGAUUAGAAUUGUCUUUUUUUUUUUUUAAAUAAUAAAACUGGUGUUUGUGGAUUUUAUGGACGAGUAUGUCCCCAUGGAUGUGGAAAUGAGGCAGAAAUAUAUAUUUUCUCUUUUUGAAAUUAUAUUGAGUUCCUAUUGAUCUGAAUUUUGCUGUACCUAGAUGUUUCUAAAGUGAAACAAGUAUGCUCCUGGAAGAAAAGAUGUUGGUGUGCUUCGGAGGGACAACUAAGACUUGCUGUAUGUUUUUGCUUGUACAUGUGACCAACGUUGGGAUAGAGACAAAAUAUAAUAUGUACAUUAAUUACUUUACCUACAAAUGUAUACUGCCUUGCCAUUAACCCUUUCUUUUAAGUUUCCGAAUUGUAAAGAUCUUACUCCCCCCACACAUUUCCUUCUAUGGUUGUAUCUAUAUCUAUUGUUGCUUUGGUAAAAUGCAAAAGUGCACAGAGAUUAGCUGGAGCAUGACUAAAAGCUGUGAACUCAGUUGAAAUACAAUGCCUGUGUCUAAUAGAUGGUAUAUACUACUUGGGUAAAACAUAGUAGUAUCUACUAAAUAGAUUUAAGGUGCAGUUAUAUGUUUUAAUAAUUAGCAUACAAGCAGUCACAAAAAUAAGUAAAUGUAGACAUAAAGAGAGAGAAGGGACUUCUAUAAACUGCAAGUCCAAAGCAUGACCUAGGCUCCACUGCCAUAAAACACAAUUCCUACUCCACUGGAUUAUCAGUUACAUGCAUUUUGUUGACAAAGCUUUGUGCCAGCCCUGUUGGGAAGAGUGAAACCCAUCAUUACUGGCCAUUACAUCACCAAGCAACGCCCAUCUAACUGGUGGAAUGACAUGGAUUGAGUAGCAGCUCUAUGGUAGAGUGAAUUGAAACAAGGAGGUGUUGCAUUUCAAAGAGCUCAGCUUGUGGAUAACAUGGAGCCAAAGUUUUGGAAGUAAUCCCCAGAGUAGAAUGUGUUAGGCCAGCUGCACCCAGGUAUCAUAUUGAGUUAAUAAUAAUAGCAACUCUGUGGGACUGAGCAAGUAAAUAUCCGCAAUACUUCCAUUAAUAACUGUGUGUUGAGAUGUAUUCUGAUGCAUGUAUUGUACAAGUGUUUGGUGACUCAACUUAUACUUUACGCUCAUUAGGAGUUCAAUUUAUCGUUCUGCUUUACUUACCUGUUUGGUGUUAAUUACUGUACUAUCAAUGUGUAACUGAAAAUCCAGUGCAGUAUGACUUGUGGUUUUUUUAUGGCAGUGCAGCCCGAGUCUCGCUUUGGACUUAAAGUUGUUUAUAUAAGUGCCUUCUCUUUUAUGUCUAAAAUUUGUAAAACAUUCCUAGUACCCUGUACAAUCUGCUAUUCAUUAAAGGCUACAAAUGGCUGCAGUUUGGGGUUUUCGGCUUACUGGUGACAGAUUUAUUAGAAAAUGUCACAAACCACAGGCAUGCUAGACAUUUAAAUAACAAAUUGCACAUCUAGUACCAUGUGGUAAAAAGACACCUGAAUAAUCAAUGGGAAAACUAGUUACAGCAGCAUCUACUUUAGCAGGGGUUGACCUAUUGCUAAUAAUGUGAGUUUCUACAGGUGCAGGUUGGAUAAAGAGCACGUGGACAGACCUAGUCCUGCCCCUUAGCUUGGUGUCCCAAAUUUUUAAAAGGGAAAAUACUUCAUAAGACGUAUGCAACAAACAGCACUCUAUAUACACACCCCAUACUAACUUCCCUCUAGUCAUGGGUGCCAGCUAGCUUUCACUGCAUUCUAGUGCUGAUGUAUUUGCCUACCUGCAGUAAAACCUAGGUUCUAAAAUGUCAGCACCUAUAAUUGUAAGGGUGCAUCAAAUGUAUUUAGUGUUUAAUGUCCCUUUGAGUAAUAUUUGAUCAUGAAAUUCCAAUGACUUUUUUAUGUACAAGUGUAUUUAUGAUAAGACACAGCAGGUGGUUGAUUAAUCGUAUCUUGAAUGCAACAACAGCUAGAAGCAGUUUUGCAGCGAUACUACUGUUCUUGGCACGAGAAGUUCUUUAUUUAGAGGUCUGCGUUUCUACUAGCAUUUUAGCUGCAAUUCGUAUUGGCUUGUUUCAGAUGAGUUGGAGGGUAUUUGUGUUCACUUUGUGAAAAAAGUAGCAGUAUAUUGGCCCCAAAAUAUAGUUUACAGGUGAUACUCAUUAUCCAGACUCAUAACACUGAAAGACAAGCUGAAAACAACGAAGAAUGGGAUUUCUGUGCCUCAGCAAGAUCUAGCUGCAACUGCUUAAAGUGAAUGUAAAUUUUCCGGUUGUUAAUAAUAAAUAUUCAUUCAUCCUAGCUGUAUUAGCCAAACCGCAUUGGUUUUUUAUUAAAAAGUUCAAAAUCAACGAUUAUAUUGGAGUUUUAUACUUAGCUCUGUUUUUGCUUUCAGCUCCUCCCAUCCAUUACUUCCCUGUUUCCUUCCUCAUCACGUCUAGAGCGGUCCCACCCGCUCUAUGACGUAUUAGCAAUGCUCGUUCACGGUGUCUUAUUUUUGUGCGCAUGCGUUUAAUUUUAACUGACUGAUUUGCGCAUGCGUUAGUCAACAUCAUUGCGAUCGUAAUAAUGUAAUUUGCAUGCGUACUGAGCGGUGAUGUUCUCUAAGCUACAUAGCUUACACCUGGCUUUUUAUGCACAUGCGAACAGCGUGAACGCGCAGCGCUUCGAAAUCCAGGUGGUUGGUUUACACAUGCGCAUAAAGAAAAAAUGACUUUUGGGAAUAGGGGCUGGACGCCACGGGGUAUGGAAGAUAAUUAGUUGGGUAAAGUGUCAAUCAAAGUACUAAAAGCGGAACAAAAUGGCGGGCGGAGGGAGAGAGCAAGAUAAGUAUAAAAAUAGAUCGAAUAUAAUGUAUUUAUAAAAACGAUGAUUUAAACUUAUGCUAUUUUUUGGAGCUCAAGCUUUUCUGUACUAUAUGUGACUUUACAUCCACUUUAAUUUCAAAACAUUAAAAAAAAUUAUUAACUUGGGUUAUUUUUUUUCCUUUAUUUAAAUAAAUAAAAAAAAGUUUGGAUACAAUAUAUUUUCAAAAGUAUUGUGUGCAAUAUAUAAACUGGAUGUUUGUUUUACGUUCUGCAAAUUAAAAAUGUUUAUAAUGUAA